GGCGGGACCCAGCCCCGCCGCCAGCGGCACUUUUGUGGGGCCGUCGCCUCUCCGCUCUCCCUUUCUCCGCGGGGUUUGGCCGCGGAGCGGGCGAUGCUCCGCGCUCCGUGAGCCGCGCACCGCGCACCGCCUCCGCCGGCCGAGCCGCCCCGCUCAGAGCCCCGCUGCGCCGCGCACGAUGCCGCGGAGGGGCGCGGAGGGGCCGCUCGCCCUGCUGCUGGCGGCCGCGUGGCUGGCACAGCCGCUGCGAGGCGGCUACCCCGGGCUGAACAUGUUCGCCGUGCAGACGGCGCAGCCCGACCCCUGCUACGACGAGCACGGGCUGCCCCGCCGCUGCAUCCCCGACUUCGUCAAUUCGGCCUUCGGCAAGGAGGUGAAGGUGUCGAGCACCUGCGGGAAGCCGCCGUCGAGGUACUGCGUGGUGACGGAGAAGGGCGACGAGCAGGUCCGCUCGUGCCACCUCUGCAACGCCUCCGACCCCAAGCGCGCCCACCCGCCCUCCUUCCUCACCGACCUCAACAACCCGCACAACCUGACGUGCUGGCAGUCCGACAGCUACGUGCAGUACCCGCACAACGUCACCCUCACGCUGUCCCUCGGCAAGAAGUUCGAGGUGACCUACGUGAGCCUGCAGUUCUGCUCGCCGCGCCCCGAGUCCAUGGCCAUCUACAAGUCCAUGGACUACGGCAAGACGUGGGUGCCCUUCCAGUUCUACUCCACGCAGUGCCGCAAGAUGUACAACAAGCCGAGCCGCGCCGCCAUCACCAAGCAGAACGAGCAGGAGGCCAUCUGCACCGACUCGCACACCGACGUGCGGCCCCUCUCCGGCGGCCUCAUCGCCUUCAGCACCCUGGACGGCCGCCCCACGGCCCACGACUUCGACAACUCGCCCGUGCUGCAGGACUGGGUGACGGCCACCGACAUCAAGGUGACCUUCAGCCGCCUGCACACCUUCGGCGACGAGAACGAGGACGACUCCGAGCUCGCCCGCGACUCCUACUUCUACGCCGUGUCCGACCUGCAGGUCGGCGGGCGCUGCAAGUGCAACGGGCACGCGUCCCGCUGCGUCCGCGACCGCGACGACAACCUGGUGUGCGACUGCAAGCACAACACGGCCGGGCCCGAGUGCGACCGAUGCAAACCCUUCCACUACGACCGGCCCUGGCAGAGGGCGACCGCCCGAGAGGCCAACGAGUGCGUGGCCUGCAACUGCAACCUGCACGCGCGGCGCUGCCGCUUCAACAUGGAGCUGUACAAGCUGUCGGGCAGAAAGAGCGGCGGCGUCUGCCUCAACUGCCGGCACAACACGGCCGGGCGGCACUGCCACUACUGCAAGGAGGGCUUCUACCGCGACCUCAGCAAGCCCAUCUCCCACCGCAAGGCCUGCAAAGAGUGCGAUUGCCAUCCCGUGGGCGCCGCCGGCCAAACCUGCAACCAGACGACGGGGCAAUGCCCGUGCAAGGACGGCGUCACCGGCAUCACCUGCAACCGCUGCGCCAAGGGCUACCAGCAGAGCCGCUCGCCCAUCGCGCCCUGCAUCAAGAUCCCCGCUGCGCCGCCCCCCACAGCCGCCAGCAGCACGGAGGAGCCCGCAGACUGUGACUCGUAUUGCAAAGCCUCCAAGGGGAAGCUGAAGAUUAACAUGAAGAAGUACUGCAAGAAGGACUACGCUGUGCAGAUCCACAUCCUGAAAGCGGAAAAAAAUGCCGACUGGUGGAAGUUCACCGUCAACAUCAUCUCCGUCUACAAACAGGGCAGCAACCGGCUGCGGCGUGGGGAUCAGACCCUGUGGGUGCACGCCAAGGACAUCGCCUGCAAGUGCCCCAAGGUGAAACCCAUGAAGAAGUACCUCCUGCUGGGCAGCACCGAGGACUCUCCAGACCAGAGCGGCAUCAUCGCGGACAAGAGCAGCCUGGUGAUCCAAUGGCGGGACACGUGGGCACGGCGGCUGCGGAAGUUCCAGCAGCGGGAGAAGAAGGGGAAAUGUAGGAAGGCGUAGGGAGGAGCGGUGAUGGACUGAGCGCUGCUGGGUGCGGGCGGGGGGUGGGCAUGGGGGGCUCACGGUGUCUUGUAUGGAGGGAUGAAGCGGGGGGAAAAAAAACACGUGAAACCCAACGAUGGAACUGCAGAUGUGGUGAUAAAAGCGCCGGGCGGAGAGGGGGUGCGGAGUGGUGGUGGGGGAGGGGGACAGGGGUACCCAGGGACACCAAGAUGGCACCAAAAGGACAGCUGGGUGGCACUGAGCUGACACUGAAAGGACAGCACUGCGCUGCUGCUGGGCACCAACCCGCACCGAACCGACACUGAUGGCACCGGAGUGGCUCAGAACUGACUUGGAGCAAACUGGCACCAAACUGACACCCGACAUCAAACCCACAGCAAACCAACACUGAACCAGCACCAAAAUGACACCAAAUAAAUACUGAGACAACAGUGAACCAAUCCCUGCCACCAAACCAUCACCAAACUGCCAUCGCUGCACCCACACCGAGGCAGCCAGGAGCACAGCGGCGGUGCUGGAGGAGCCCUCCCCAGAACUUGGACCCCAACUUACAGCAGCAGCCCAAUACAGAGCUGGCACAGCCAUCCUGGGCCCCUCAGUGCUGCGGUGCUCACAGUGGGGCCAGGGCAGGACAAGGUGCAUACUGCACUCCCACCCCAUGGAAACACCCAACCGUGGCUGCCUCAAGAAUUGCCCCAGGAUAGCAAACAGCCUCCAGACGAAGGCUGGGUGCCACGGCACUGCUCAGCCCUGUGCUCAGCCCCAGGGCACAGCAGGGGCUCCUGGGGUCCCCCAGUCCAGGGCUGCGAGGGCAGUGUGAUACCUGGGGGGGAAGCAAACAUUCAGUCGCUACGCAAAGCAAAACCUCCCCGCUCUUUUUCCUUUCAGGAAACUUGGAAACAUCCAUUUUAUGACAUUUUCCAGCGGUUUUUGCCUUGUUUUAUAGCAAUCGACAAUAUUUAUGUAAUGACAUAAACCACCAUAAAGCGAGGCAGCCAUGUAAAUAGGUGCAAAGCAGAGGGCUCCAGGGCAGCAGCCGCCAUGGAGGGAGGGAGGAAGAGAGGGAGGGAGCUCUGCAGAACCCCCAGUCCCAUAGGAAGGGCUCUGGGGGAAAAGCAGCCUCCAAACCCGGCUCUGCUCAUCCCCUCUCCCAGCACAGAGCUGGAUCCCCCCAGCGCAGAGCCCAACAUGAGGCAGCAGCCAUGCGUCCAAGGGAACUGCGGCCACCAAGAAUCCGUCCCCAGGCUCCUUCCUGCCCUGCACAGCAUGAAGGUGAGCACAGGGGAUGUGGGGAUGCUCACAGUGUGUGCCCUGUGCCCCCGAGAGCCUUCCUCGGCUCCCAGCACAGCCCCAGCGCUCCCAGCUCUGCUCCACCACCAGCCAGCUCCCAUACAGACACCAGGCCUUGGUGCCCCUGGGGUUCCAGCCCCAUCCAUGGCUCUGUAAGCACGACUAGGGGAGCAGCUGGUGCCACUGGUACAACUGGUGCCCUCGGUGACCUUGGUGACGUUUGGUGACUGGUGUCACCGGUGCCACUGGUACAACUGCUCCUCUCGGUGACUUUGAUGCAGCUGGUGCAACAGGUGCCACUGUUGCCGUUUGUGCCACUGGUGUCACUGGUACAACUGGUGCCCUUGGUGACCUUGGUGCAGCUGGUGCUACCGGUGCCACUGGUACAAUUCACGCUUUCGGUGCCUUUGGUGCAAACGGUGCCACGGCUGCCACUGGUGCUCAUCUCUUGGGCCGUCCCAGCACUGGGUGUCCAUGGGUGCAGCCCUUCCCCACACCCCCAGGAUCAGCCCAGGGGACCCCGCAGCCAUCACCCAGCGAGGCAGAUCUUCACCCCCAACCAUCACCCCCACGGGCAGAGCUGCGCCGUGUCACCGCCACGCAUCAAUCGCACGCUCGUCCCGUGAGCCCAGCGCCCCUUGGGGCACCAUCCCACAGUGCUGGGACCCCGCUGGGAGCUGGGGACGACCAGGGGGGACGUGACAGAGGUUGGGAUGGGGCCGAGGAGCAGCACAAAUGCCCACACCGCCACCGCUCCGUCCCCUCCAUUGCAUCCGUCCCCACGCAGCCGCCUCCCCUCGGUCCCGGAGCUGUCGCAAACCUGUGUUCAUUUUUAUGGUUUUGAUUAU